AUGCAUCUCGAAGGCUCGCUCUCCCCAGAACUGCUGUUCACGCUAUCAAAACGCAACAAUAUUACACUUCCAGCUUCCGACGAUGCGGCCUUUUCAUCACCAGACGCCCUUCUCGCACGAUAUCGCAAAUUCACCUCCCUCGACGACUUCCUGCACUACUACUUCGUCGGGAUGUCGGUGUUAAUCACAGCCGCUGACUUCGAGGCUCUCGGAUACGAGUAUUUCUCACACGCACACUCCGACGGCGUCCUGCACGCCGAAGUCUUCUUCGAUCCGCAAGUGCACACGGAGCGGGGCGUCAAGUAUGCCACGGUCGUGGAAGGGAUCCAGAAGGCGCAGAAACGCGCCGAAGUCGAUUUCGGGAUCUCGUCCGAGCUCAUCGUGUGCAUCCUGCGGCAUCUUCCCGUCAUGGACGGCGACCGGAUGUACCGCGAGGCAAUCCCAGAUCUGGAAUCUGGCGCGGUCAAGGGGUUGGGUCUGUCGAGUACGGAGAAGGGGAAUAUGCCGUUCCUGUACAAGGACACCUACGCCGAUGCCGAGAAGCGCGGCUUUCGCCUCACCGCGCACGCCGGCGAGGAAGGCGGUGUCGAGUACAUGGCCUCCGCUCUGAACGAUCUGCACGUCACGAGGGUGGAUCAUGGAAUCAAAUUGCCCGACGACCCGAAAGUCAUGGCCGAAUUUGCGCGGCGGAAUAUCAUGGUCACGAUGUGUCCGAUCUCGAACGUCGAGUUGCGCUGCGUGAAGAGUGUCUCAGAGCUGCCGAUUCGGACAUACCUGGAGAAUGGCGUCAAGUUUAGCAUCAACAGUGAUGAUCCGGCGUAUUUUGGGGGUUAUAUCUUGGACAAUUACUGUGCCGUGCAGGAUGCUUUUUCGUUGAGUAAUGAGGAGUGGGGGACGGUGUGUGGGAAUGCAAUUGAUGGGAGUUGGUGUGGUGAUGACCGAAAGGCGGUGUUGAGAAACAAGCUGGCUGAGGUGCUUGAGAAGUUCAAGUGA